AUGGAUAUGUUACCACAGGAGCUCAUCAACAAAAUCGUCUUGUAUCUAGAGCGCUAUCCUAAUCAAGCACAUGUCCCGAUAAUUCGACAGUACGGGCACCAUUCGAAGCUCCCGCCAUAUGCUACAAUCUCUAGCCACUGGAGAGAGGCUGUGGAAUUCGUCACAUUUAAUCGUUUGUCUAUCAGGAGUCAUGAACUGAGUCAACUCGAGGCCAUGAUGACGGGCAAUCGUCCCAAAUACCUAACGAGACUUUCCUUUGAGAUUACUCUCCCAGAGUACUCGGAAGAACGCUGUGGACAUGUUGAGUCAAAAGAAGAACAACAGUGCAAUGAUCAAGCCUUGACCCAAGCUAUUGCAGAUUUGUUUUCUCUAGUGAGAAAGUGGGAAGAUGCAGGCACAGUACACGGUAUCCGACUCCGUCUGACCGGUUUCUUUUCCCCGACGGAUAUUCGUGAUCGCCACCAAAUCGAGCUUGAAAUAGCACAGCGCAAGCGCGGGAUAGACAUUUUCGAAAAACGAUGGGUGAACUCCCAUGUCCACCUCUCCAGACCAGAAAUGAUACCCACGCUCUCGAGCAUCGUGCAUCUCUCAAAAGCAGAGAGAGGUGUUGUAUAA